GAAGCACGAGCGGACGAGCCGCCAAUAGGUGGGCGUGCAAAGUGCACGAACUACUUGACGGAGCUCUCCUCAAAGCCCUCUUUUACAAAAUCCGCCGUGAGGCGUGGGGCACGCACUUCAACCACCUGGUGCCUGUGAAGGACAAAGACGCGCAAGAACUCGUAGCGAACUUGAGAAUUAUAACGGCUUAUUGGAUCCCCUCAGGAGAUUAUGAAAAGCUUUACAUGGCGAGCCCUCCUCGGGGUGACAUGUACCAGGACACCGAUUGCGAUGGCUGCCUUCUCGCAGCUAUUGCGGGUGACAUUUUAUGUCUUGAGGCCGUGAGGAUCGCAAUCUAUUCGAGGAAGCUUAAGGGCGGUAGGUUGGUCCCGUGGUUGGACGCCUGGAUAAGGGCUCAUGGCAAAGAUGCACUUCAGAGGAUAAGAGAACGCUCGGAAAUUGUCGGGACGAUUAUCAGAAGUGCCAGAAGGGCAAGCUUCAAUACUCUCGAGAAGCAGGCUAAGAAGGAGAAGCGGUGGAGAGAGAAGUCCUUGAUGGAUGAAUUGAAGUACAGAGAAAGGAAGCUUAAAUCUUUGGAUCCGUUCAGCCCCGAGGCCAAAAGCUACUGGGGAUAUAGGGAGCCCAACGACCCCCCCGCGGAUUCCCAUGAUGCCCCUCGGGGGAAGGGGCCUGGUACAAUCGAUUGCGUUGGCUCGAACCCGCCAGAAAGCGCAGGGCAAUGCUCUCCCGUCCGACGAACCCCCUCUUUCUACGGCGAACGCUUCAAUCCAUUCGACGUCUACUACAACAGCGACGAUGACCCAUUCCCGCCCGUGCAAAGCGGAUACACCUCAGCGUACUCCGCGAUCAAGCUCUCGAACCAUUAUCAAGAAAUUGAGCGCAAUGGUGGGUGGAUAUAAAUAUUUAUGCUGAAUUCUUUUUUUCUUCUUUUCUUUUUUUCCUGUUUUUCCUAACGUACCAUAAGCGAUCAUUCCUUUAAAAAUGCCACUUUAUACUGGGGCUUGCAUGGCCCUACCCCGCGCCCUCAUCUGAAUACCUACCGUACACAAAUCGAAGCGGGGCCAAGGUGCGCUAAUACCAUGUAGACAAGAAUAGGAAUUUUUCUCCCCUCUAGUCUCCAAUAUUGAUAAUUAUUUCAUGCUACCAAUUAUUUGAUUUUCUGUGGGUUCACGGAAAAGCUGGGCAUGCAUGUAAUGUGCCACGCCUGGUACUACAGUAUGAUUAGACCUGUGAAAUACGGUACUUGCGGUUGGAUUCUUGGUGGAGGGUGGUUGGGGGGGGGG